UAUACAUAAUGGGGGUAUGCUGCAGGGGAGCCCUGGGGACAUGCUGGGACAGUAUGGGGCCACAUCAUCCUGUACUGGGACAUCACACUUCUAUUAUGUGGUUUCAUGUCCACCAUACGGAUUCUCUACCAUAUGAACUGCAGUGGGAACCUUGUGCCGAUAGACCCCUAUAGCGGCAUGUUGCGUUAUCCGUGCAGCCUCGGUAAUGUGCACAGGCCCCGGUCCUUAGUACAGUCCCAUGCCCGGGAGAAGUUCCCCCUCCAUCCAGCUGUGCCUUCACUUUCUCUUCCCGGGAGCCAAUGGCGCGGCGGCGGGCGUGGUAAGCGGCGGGCCGGCCCUCAGUGCAGCUGCUGACAGGGAGCGCUCAUCCUCCGUGCCCGUGUACGGCUAUUCCUAACAAUGGACGGCUCCGGUGUGCGGCAAGCACCGGGCGUAUGAUGCUGCAAGAAGCAGCGCGGUAACGUAAAGCAAGGACGGGGAUGCGGCAGAGGCCGCCGACCGGGACUAUGAGCCAGGAUGCUGAAUGGAGCCGUUCAGCGUGAAGCGGAGGACGCCGGGGAUCCAGCUGCCUGAGGGAGAGAGAGGACCGCAGUUUGCAGAAGAUACCUUGGGAACUGACCAUGGAUAUAAUAUUUCUCCACUUUUACCUUUGGAAUAAGACUCAUGGAAGGCGACAACUCUCUAGAAUUGCUUACGUACACUGAUUCAGCUGUACUGAAGAAUUAUGGUUUUCUCAGCAAUGCUUACACCUUCUCAUCCCGUGACCUCAUAUAGUACACACAUCAUAUAUGUAAAUGGCUAUACAAACUUAACCACGCCUUCAUUUCGUGGCAACUUGGAUAUCCCACCGAAAUACAGUCCAGUUGCCAUGACCACAGCCAGUACCUUGCCGGUGAACACAACUGUUUCUACCACACAAGCACCUAAAGAAGUUUAUGAGACCUUGAAUUUACCCCUCCAGAUAAUCCUCUCUGCCUUGAUGAUUAUUAUUCUUUUACUGUCAUUCCUUGGGAACUUUGUUGUUUGUCUCAUGGUCUACCAAAAAUCUGCCAUGCGAUCUGCCAUUAACAUUCUCCUAGCAAGCUUGGCAUUUGCAGACUUACUGCUUUCCAUUCUCAACAUGCCCUUUGCUUUGAUAACAAUCAUUAUAACUGAGUGGAUUUUUGGAGAAGUAUUCUGCAGAGUAUCUGCAAUGUUUUUUUGGCUGUUUGUAAUUGAAGGUGUUGCUAUCCUGCUUAUAAUAAGCAUAGACCGGUUUCUAAUUAUUGUACAGAAACAAGACAAACUGAAUCCCUACCGAGCAAAGAUUCUCAUUAUGAUUUCAUGGGCAACCUCACUUUGCAUAGCCUUCCCCCUUUCUGUUGGGAACCCGCAACUACAAGUACCAUCUAGAGCUCCGCAAUGUGUGUUUGGCUACACUACAAAUGCUGGUUAUAAAGCGUAUGUGAUUCUUGUGGUACUGAUUUUCUUUUUUAUUCCUUUUAUGGUGAUGCUUUAUGCUUUUAUGGGCAUAUUGAACACUGUGCGGCACAAUGCAGUCCGUAUACACAGCCAUCCGGACAGCAUAUGCCUUAGCCAGGCAAGCAAGCUAGGUCUCAUGAGCCUUCAAAGGCCUUUCCAAAUGAAUAUAGACAUCAGCUUUAAAACUCGUGCCUUUACUACCAUAUUGAUUUUAUUUGUUGUCUUUAUAGUUUGCUGGGCACCAUUUGCUACUUAUAGCCUUGUUGCCACAUUUAACAGUGACUUUUACAACAAGAGUAACUUUUUUGAGAUAAGCACUUGGCUUCUUUGGCUAUGCUACCUCAAGUCUGCACUAAACCCAAUAAUCUACUACUGGAGGAUUAAGAAAUUCCGAGAUGCUUGUUUAGAUCUAAUGCCCAAGUACUUUAAAUUUUUACCCCAGUUACCUGGACACACAAGAAGAAGAAUCCGGCCUAGCGCCAUAUAUGUGUGUGGGGAACACAGAUCUGUAGUGUGAUAUCUAUUUUGUUAGAUUGACUGCCAUAAAAUAUUUUGUUAUGUGUUUUCAAUUAUUCCCUUGUGCAAAAAGUGAUGCAUUCUGUUUUCUGCCAGGAAGCAAUGUACAUGAUAAAAAACAUGUUACCUCUAGGAUUUAUGGUAAAUCCAUAUUUGAGAAGUACUUUGUCAGGUUAAUGCUUACCAGGCCUGCAGUUGGUGUUAUUGCGGGCACCUUGUAUGCUGCUACAAUCAGUGGAUGUGUCAUUUUUCUCAACAAAUGUUGCUGCUUUUGCUGUUAGAUUUGAGCCAAAAAAAUGUUCUGUAGUUAAACUUUGCAGGAUCUCUUUAGUUGUUGGAAAAUGUUUUCCCUUUAUUGACAUUGCUGUAUGAGGGAUAGACUGACUCUUACCCCUACCGAUUGAGGAAAACCUUUGUGCACUUUAUCAGACCCCCUGUCCUUUUGAUGUUUAGCAGUGAAAAUAUUAAGACAGUAAAUAUUUUUUUGUAACAGAUUAUAUUAACAUUUAUGUACAGUGCCUGAACACAUUAGGUAGGUCUUCAGUCAGAAUAGUAUAAAAAAGUACAAUAUUAUAAUCAGGGCAUAAAUACUGUACAAUGGAAACGCAUAUGGUCACCUGUAUGCAGAAAUGAAAAAUUGGUCAAUAUUUGAUGUUUUCAAAUUACAUAAUGUUUGUUAUAAUAAUAGAGAUACAGUUCUUCAUAGGUGAAGGGCCUACUCUGGACAUAAAUGCUUAGAAAUUUUGUACAAUCAUGUAAAUCUGAAUUGCAUGUGAUACUAGAUGUAUAAAACAGUGUAUAUUGCCCCCAAAAUCUAUAAGUGACUAAUACGGAUUCUCUAAAAUCAUACAUAUUGUAAAGUCAUCACUUCUGUUGUCAUUAUAGUUACAUCACUGUAUAAACAUAUCACUGUCAGUGUAUCUCCUAGCAUGCAUUGCCACUUAUACCUAGAGGCUUAGAGGUUGCUUCAAAUAGAUGGAAAAAUUAUUACAGCCAUUUAGGUUUCUAAAAUGACUACCGUAUGUACUCAAGUAUAAGCCGACCCGAAUAUAAGCCAAGGCCCCUAAUUUCACCUCAAAAACCCAGGAAAAGUUAUUGACUCGACUAUAAGCCUAGGGUGGGAAAUAAAUCACCCCCCGUCAUCAUCCAGACCCCCGUCAUUAACACCCUCAUCAUCAUCACCCUGUCAUCAUCCCCCCUUCAUCAUUACCCUGUCAUCAUCCCCCCCUUCAUCACCCCCCCCC